AUGAGCCUCGAGCCACUCCCCACCAUUGAGUUUCCACACGUUUCAGGAGGUUUGAAACGGAUGAAGAGGGAGUGGGUUAUUCCAGCAAUUAACGUUCCAGAGAAUGAGCGGGGUCCAUAUCCCAAAUCCGUGGUGAAGAUCAAGUCAAGCAACCAGGAAAGGGUGGCGAUAACCUACAAGAUCACUGGACCCGGGGCUGAUCAGCCUCCUGAGGGUGUUUUUACUAUUGAUAGGCGAUCUGGGGUGCUAUAUGUUACCCAGCCACUGGACAGGGAGAAGACAGCCAAAUACACUCUAUGGGCCCAUGCACUGGUUGAGGACAUCAAGGCUGAGGAGCCCAUGGAGCUCGUUAUCAAUGUCAUUGACCAGAAUGACAAUGCUCCAAAAUUCACUCAGAACCCUUUCUAUGGCAAAGUGAGCGAAAGCACUGACGCUGGUGAGAGAAUGCUUCAGCAUACUUUACUUGCUAAAAUGACAAACAAUGCUAUAUUAAGGUAUAAGAUAAAGGAUCAGGUGCCCAAUGAGGGCAUGUUCGACAUAAACCCAGUGAGUGGACUGAUCAGUGUGGCGGCAGGCGGACUGGACAGAGAGACCCAGCCAGAGUACAAGCUGAUCAUUCAAACUGCUGAUAUGGAGGGAGAGGGGUUAACAGCCACCUGCACUGUUAUCAUUACUGUUACCAAUGCCAACGAUAAUGCUCCGCAGUUCACCGCCACAUCUCUAUCCGCAUCAGUCCCUGAGAAUGAAGUUGGAGUGGAGGUAAUAAGACUAGAGGUCACUGACAAGGAUGAGUUAGGAUCUCCAAAUGCCAACAGCAAAUACUCAAUAAUCAAAGGCAACGAGGGGGGAGAGUUCAGCAUCAUCACAGGCGCCAAUAAAAUGGAGGGAAUCCUCGAAACAGCAAAGGUGCUGGAUUUUGAGAGCACUCCUGUCUUAACUCUGUUGGUGGUGGCGACGAAUGAGGUGCCAUUUUCGGGACAGGUGUCAACCUCGACGGCCACAGUCACUGUCACAGUCGUGGACGAGAACGAGCCUCCUGUUUUCAUUCCAGCAGAAGUCCAUGUACGCAUCUCAGAAGAUGCGGAAACAGGGAGUUCUGUGGCCGACCUCAGAGCGAAGGACCCAGACACAACCAGGAAACAGAGCGUCAGAUAUAAACUACACAAUGACACUGCCAGGUGGCUGAGAGUUGAUAAAGACUCCGGAUCAAUCAAAGUUCAAAGCAACAUGGACAGGGAAUCAAAUUACGUCAAAGGCAGCAAAUAUACAGUCCUAGUUUUGGCUUACGACAAUGACACUGUCCCGGCUACAGGGACAGGUACUCUGGUCGUGAGUUUGUUAGACGUUAAUGAUCAUCUACCCGUGAUCAAGCAGAGGAAAGCCAGUCUAUACAGUCGUGACCCUUUACCUGCCCUGCUGGAUAUAGUGGACCUAGAUGGACCUGGUCAUGCUGGACCGUUUACGGUGGAGCUUCAAGGAGAGCACAGGAUUAACUGGACUGUUAGCACUAACGCCACAAGCAACGUGGCCGCCCUGGCCCCCAAACGAGAAUUGUCGCCCGGGGACUAUCAUGUGCUGAUGCGUAUCUACGAUGUUGGCAUGCUCUACCAAGACAGCACACUGAACAUCGAGGUGUGCCAGUGUCAAGGGGCUGUCUCUACCUGUUUCAUCCCACAUUCUGAGCCCAGUGAUCUGGACGUUUCUUCUCUCACAACUUCAUUUCUGGCAGCAAUUUUUUUGUCUUUUGUGUAUGUAGCAAUACUGCUCUUGCUGCUGCUGCUGUUUCUGAGAAUAAGGAGGAGCUCGGUGAAGGAUGUCCCUCUUCUCGAAGAAGUACCCAGAGACCACAUUGUCUACUAUAAUGAGGAGGGAGGAGGUGAAGAGGACCAGGAGUAUGACCUGAGCCAGCUCCACAGAGGGCUUGAUAAUCGUCCUGAAGUCUUCUGCACUGUGACUGUCCAGAGUCGGCCACACUACCGCCUACAACUCCAAGCCAACGAAGAGAUUGGGACAUUCAUUGAGGAUAACUUGCACGCUGCAGACAGUGACCCUACAGCUCCACCUUAUGACUGUCUUUUGGUGUUUGACUAUGAGGGUGUUGGCUCAGAUGCGGGUUCACUCAGUUCACUCAACUCCUCAGACUCAGAUGAGAAGCAGGACUUUCCGAGCCUGGCCCUCUGGGGACCACGUUUCAGAAGGUUGGCUGACCUGUACACAGGCGGGAUAGACGAGGACGAUGACACAGAAACACUGCCAGGAAAAACAGAAUGGGUCUGACAUGCUCCUGUGACCUGUGUAUUAAUAGACCUUCCAAAUUUGUGUCCAUCUGCCGAAGGUCCUCCAAGUGCUGUGUGACCUCUUUCUGCUGCCUUCUUGGACUCUUUUCAGACUUGUACUGUGGACUAAGAUGCUCAUACUCUGUUCAUUAGUCAUUCUUGGCCUUCCUGGCUUUUUCAUCGCACUGGAUGAAAUCUGUAGGUAAACAAUUACAUUAACAAACUAAAUGAUAUUUAAAAGUAUUCAUGUACCAGGCUUACUGAAUAUCAAAUGUUCCACACAAGAUUGUCUCCAUGAUGUCAUAUUAGUGUUACAUUUACUUUAUGCCAAAAUCUGAUUACACAAACAAAAGUAAACAUUGUUUACUCUGAUGAUAAUGAGCAACAGCUUCAGUCACUAACUGUACUGGAAUGCUAAGUCAUGACUUGUAAAAAAAAAAAAAAAAAAAAAAAAAAAAGUGGACAAUAUUUGAAGUGAUGGAGUUGGGACUUGUGUGUGUAUAGCAGGCUUACUGCAUUGGCAGGCCUGUGGUGGAGCUCAUAGUUACAGGGCACUUACAUCAGACUCCAUCAGACUAAAACUUGACAGAAUAAUGCAAUGACACCAUUAUUUUGUUAUUUUUCAUAAAAAGUCAUGGGUUGGUGUGAAGGCCACUGGCAGGCUGAUUUGACUCAUCUCUC